CAGAUGCAAAAGCGUGGAAGCAUUUCCAAUCAAAGUAUCCCGACUUUGCGUAUGAGAGAAGAAAUAUCUACCUUGGAUUAUGUACUGAUGGUUUCAGCCCGUUUGGCAAGAGUGGAAGACACAAGUUCCGAGGGAAAGAUGUUCCUCGGAAUUUUCCGAGGGAAAGAUGUUCCUUGGAAUUUUCCGAGGGCCAAGUUCCUCGAAAAUUCUCGAUGAACAUUUCGAGGAAUGUUUCGUCGAAACUUCCGAGGAUUGGAGCAUCGGAAUUCCAUCGAAAUAUUCCGAGGAAGGCGUCCCUCAGUAUAUUCCGAGGAAUCUUCCGACGAACUUGGUAUCCUCGGAGUUUCCUCGGAAUUUAGUUUCCUCGGAAUUCCAUCGGAAAUUUCCGAGGGAUUUCCGAGGAAAUAUGAAUUUCCGAGGGAUUUCCGAGGAAAUAUGAAUUUCCGAGGGAUUUCCGAGGAAAUAUGAAUUUCCGAGGAGAUAUUUCCGAGGACUUUUUUCGUCGGUAUGUCCUCGGAAUAGCGUUAUUCCGACGACAUACCGACGAUUUUUUCCCUCAGUAUGCCGAUGUUUUCUUGUAGUGAUCGUCUUAAAUCAGCCUUUUUUACUAAGUCAACUAUUUUAUUAUAAGUCAACCGAAACUUAUACAUAUACCAGCCGUAACGAAAGACAUAUUCUUUUACGGCUGACUUAAUGAAAACACGGAAGCGUAUUCCUACGUGUCGCCGGAUUUUUGCUUAUGUGGCGUUAAAAAGUAAUGGCAUUCUCGUAAAUACGUUUUUUUCUCAUAAUGUGGAUAAAGGGCACGCUUGGUUCUGGUCAUAAGUCCUAAAAUAUAUAAUAUCUGAGUCAACUUCCCAACUCUAUAAAUCGCUUUAAACAACACUAAACCUCUAAAUUUCAAAAGCUGUUCCAGCUAACAUUUAUGGUUGCGGGAGGAAAAUUUUUUAAAAAAAACUCUAUAAAAAUAAAAAUAUUCCAUUAUAAUUUUAAAUUGAAAAAAUAGAAGUAUAUAUUUGAUUUAUAUUAUAAAAGUUUAAAACAAAAAUAUUUAUAUAAUUUUUAAAAAUUUAAAAAUAUAAUUUAAAUAUAGAAAUUUUAUAUUUGUUAUAAUAAUAUGAUUUUAAAAAUUUUUAUAAUUAUAUAAAAAUAUGAAUAUUGUUAAUUUAUUAUUUAACUAUUGCUGCAUUUGAUAGUAACAAGUCAUAAUUAUUCCGCAAACGCAACAAUUUCUAACCAUUGUACCAGUCGAACAGAUCGUUUAAUAACGUUUAAAACUGCAACUAUCCACAUUCACAAACGUCCGUAACUACGUCUGCAACCGUUAGGGUUACACCAGUUAGGCCCGAGUAAAAUCCACACUAGCAAGGAAUCGGAGAAAGUAUACAGAAAAUAAAUUAAUUUAACAUAUUUUUAUUUUCCCACUUCUGUAGUAAACCAUAUGAGUACAUUAAUAGCAUGUGUAUAUGCCCGAAAUGAAGUAACAUAUUUCAAGGAAUUAUCUAUAUGAUCAAAUUGGAUCUUGUCUACUUUUAAUUAAAAGAUGGGAGAGAAACUAGGUAAAAGACAAUCCUGGAAAAGUGAAUUAAGUUAAGGGCAAUAAGACACAAUUAAAUUAUAAGAGAUAUUGAGUUGUUACUUUCUUCUUUUUUUUUGUUAUAUGUGGAUUGAUAUUAAACACCAAAAGUAUAAAGAUGUUCUAUACACAAUCAUCUCAUCUAAGUUAAGUAUAUAAACCUGAAGACCUAGUAGCAGUCCAAAAUAGAAUCGUCAUGAUCAAUCAAAUGGUAGUGACUUUUGUGCUCGGCAUUCUAAUCAUACCAGCAAUUGUCAUCAAUGGAGAGUUUUCAGAUACUCAUGAUGCUAAAAUAGAUCUACUUUUAAAGAAACUCAACAAACCUGCUGUUAAAUCCAUCAAGAGUCCAUACGGAGGUAUAAUAGAUUGUGUCCAUAUGAAGAAUCAUCCUAUUUAUGAUCAUCCUUUAUUUAAAAACCACACUAUUCAGAUGAAACCAAGUGGUGACCACGAUAAAUGGAACAAUGAUACUUUAAAUAUAGACGACGAGAGUAUAGUUACUCAACUCUGGACAAUCAAUGGAAAAUGUCCCCAAAAUACUAUUCCAAUCAGAAGAACGACAAGAGAAGAUAUUUUACGAGCGGAAUCAAUAGAAAACUAUGGCAAAAAAUAUCCCAACAACAUUCCUCGAAGAAAACCAGCCAAUUCGACUAAUGAAAUCCAUGAGUAUGCCACCCUCCGCGUAAAUGGAAUCUUUCGUGGAGCUGAAGCAGUUAUAAAUGUGUGGAAGCCUUAUGUGCAAAUGCCAAGAGAAUUUAGCCUAGCACAAAUGUGGCUUGAGGCGGGUCCUCCUUCUAACCUUAACACCAUUGAAUUUGGUUGGCAGGUCUAUCCAGGACGUUAUGGUGAUGACAACGCUAGAUUCUUUGUUUACUGGACUGCAGAUGGGUACCGUUCAGGCUGCUACAAUCUUGAUUGUCCAGGCUUUGUUCCUGUCAAUCAAGCAUAUGUCUUAGGAGAACCUAUUGGUCAUGUUUCUACCUUAGGUGGUCAGCAAUAUGAGAUUCCGACAACUAUAUGGAAGGAUCCCCGGACAGGGAACUGGUGGUUGAAACUUAAUCACCAUGUAUUUAUCGGAUAUUGGCCUUCCAUAUUGUUCAAUCAUCUACGAAAUGGGGCAACCGAUAUUACAUGGGGAGGCGAAAUAACAAAUUAUAGAGUUAAUUUACAACAUACAAUGACAAACAUGGGAAGUGGGGGUUUCGCAUCGGAAGGAUAUGAAAGAGCUAGUUAUUUUAGAAAACUUAAGAUAUAUGAUGAAUGUAAUACAUGGAAACCAAUUCAUGAUCGUGUUCCUGAAUAUUUCAUUACCCAAGAGAGUUGUUACAAUAUAAGAUAUGCCUAUGAAACUGACUGGGGGGAUUAUUUCUUUUAUGGUGGUCCUGGUCGAAAUCUGUAUUGUACAUGAUUACAUAUUAACAUGUUGUAGAUGCAACUAUGCCAUUAUCAGUCAUCUAUGUUAUUUUCCACCAUCAUAUAGUGUUAGUGAUUUGCAAGUGAUUAUUAAAUGAUCCUUUUGGUCUUAACACCGAUAAAACGCAAUAAAAAAUCAUCAGAUAGUUUAAUGACUUGAAUAUUUAGUUGACUCUUUAUAUAAGUUUCUUGACUGGUUAUCUCUCUAACAUUAGAAACUUAUAACAUUUUUUGGGUUUAACUGUUCGAGAAACUUAUAACAUGGCAGUAGAUAUAUAAUUGAGUGUCGUCUAAACAGUUAUAUAUAAAGAAAGGAACGGAAAAGAAACCAAAAGAGAGUGAAUUUCCAGAAUAAAAUAUGAAUCGGAAGGAGAGUACUCUGACAUGGGAGAAAGGUGAACCUGGCUAUGAUGCUCUUCGACGAGUUAGAGAUGAAAAUGAAGUCCAAGGAGAGAUAGAGAUAGUGUGAGCGAUGGAGAGUUUGACUGAGAGAAAAAAAAAAA